AUGAAUAGUAAGCUGGAAUCGCACCUUUUUCAAUUGAAAGCAAUUCAACAACAGAAUACAGAAGGAGCACGGAUAUAUGCUUCAAAUGCUAUACGCAAAAAGAAUGAGGCAUUAAACCUAUUAAGGCUAUCUUCAAGGAUAGAUGCAGUCUCUAGUCGAAUUCAAACCGCUGUUACCAUGCAAAAGGUAACCGGCUCAAUGGCAAAUGUUGUAAAAGGAAUGGAUCAAGCAAUGGCGAAUAUGAACUUGGAACAGAUCUCUGCUGUGAUGGAUAAAUUCGAAGCUCAAUUUGAAGAUAUAGAUGUUCAAACACAAUAUAUGGAAGGAGCAAUGGGUAAUACUACAUCAUUAAGUACUCCGCAAGAAGAAGUUGAUUUAUUGAUGCAGCAAGUAGCAGAUGAGCAUGGGUUAGAGUUGAAUCACGAGUUGGGUGAAACCGUUCCUAGUGAUAUUAUUAAUGUGAAAGAUAAAAAUAACAAAGAAGAUGAGGAUCUGUCAGAACGUUUAC